AUGGACCCCGCCCCGCAGCUCAAGGCCGAGCCCUGGCGCCCGCCGCCCCGCGCCGGCGCGGCCGGCGGGCGCGCGGCGGGGGAGGCCUCCUCCGCCGUCACGGGCCAGAGCAGCGGCAGCCGCCCGCGGAGGAGGCAGCGGGAGCCUCCCGCGUCCGAGGACGACUCGGCCUCCGCCAGGCCUGUCUCCACCUCCGGCGGCGGCGGCGGCGGCCAGGAUUUGACUGAUGCAGAAGCAAAGCGUUUCAAGGCAAAUAAAUCCAGUGAUGAUAAUGGUAGUGUCAGAAAAGAUGCUGAAGCUGAUUCAAGAAAUGCUAGUAAGGCUGUUGACCAAAAUCCCCCGCCACCAAAGCAAGAUUUCAUCCAUGUGAGGGCAAGAAGGGGUCAAGCAACUGACAGCCAUAGCCUUGCAGAAAGGGCACGGCGUGAGAAAAUAACCGAGCGGAUGAAAAUUCUCCAAGAUCUUGUCCCUGGAUGUAAUAAGGUUAUUGGGAAAGCAUCAGUCCUUGAUGAGAUAAUCAAUUAUGUCCAAGCUUUGGAACGCCAAAUUGAGUUCCUGUCCAUGAAGCUCGAGGCGGUUAACGCCCAUGCCCAUGCUCACAACGGAGUUGAAACAUUUCCAACUAAAGACUUCGCUGCGCCGGCAUACAACACAGCUCCAGGGUUAACAUUUGACCCGCAAACACCAAGGGAGUACGCCCAGGGCUCGCCGGCUGCAGAAUGGCUUCACAUGCAGAUUGGUGGCACCUACGAAAGAGUGACGUGA